UCUCUCCCCUUGACAUUAACUGAAAACUGUUAGAAGUCGUAGAGCCAGGAAUAGCUAGCAACUGUCAACGAGCGCAAUUAGCUAGCUACACAUAUAUACUUAAUUAUAAAAUCACAAUGCGUGAGUGCAUCUCUAUUCACGUUGGUCAGGCCGGUGUCCAGAUCGGUAAUGCUUGCUGGGAGCUGUACUGCUUGGAGCAUGGAAUCCAGCCUGAUGGGCAAAUGCCCAGCGAUAAAACCAUCGGAGGAGGGGACGACUCCUUCAACACCUUCUUUAGCGAGACCGGGGCGGGAAAACACGUACCUCGUGCUGUGUUUGUCGAUCUUGAACCAACUGUUGUUGAUGAGGUGCGCACCGGGACGUAUCGCCAGUUGUUCCAUCCCGAGCAGCUCAUCACGGGCAAGGAGGAUGCCGCCAACAACUACGCCCGAGGCCACUACACAAUCGGAAAGGAGAUCGUGGACUUAGUGCUUGACAGGGUUCGCAAACUAUCAGACCAGUGCACUGGGCUUCAGGGAUUCCUGAUCUUCCACAGUUUUGGGGGUGGGACUGGCUCUGGCUUUGCGUCUCUGCUCAUGGAAAGACUGUCAGUGGACUAUGGCAAAAAGUCCAAACUGGAGUUUGCAAUUUACCCCGCCCCUCAGGUGUCAACAGCAGUGGUGGAGCCUUACAACUCUAUCCUGACCACCCACACCACUCUGGAGCACUCUGACUGUGCCUUUAUGGUUGACAACGAAGCCAUCUAUGACAUCUGCCGACGAAACCUUGACAUUGAGCGCCCAACUUAUACCAACCUCAACAGGCUCAUCGGCCAGAUCGUCUCGUCCAUCACCGCCUCACUGCGUUUCGAUGGGGCCCUCAAUGUGGACCUGACGGAGUUCCAGACUAACCUAGUACCCUACCCCCGUAUCCACUUCCCCCUAGUCACAUACGCGCCCGUCAUCUCUGCUGAGAAGGCCUACCAUGAGCAGCUGUCUGUCGCAGAGAUCACCAACGCCUGCUUUGAGCCUGCCAACCAGAUGGUAAAGUGUGACCCACGCCACGGGAAGUACAUGGCCUGCUGCAUGUUGUACCGAGGGGAUGUGGUGCCCAAAGAUGUCAACGCUGCCAUUGCAACAAUCAAGACCAAACGCACCAUUCAGUUUGUCGAUUGGUGCCCCACUGGCUUUAAGGUUGGUAUCAACUACCAGCCACCAACAGUCGUGCCAGGUGGAGAUUUGGCUAAGGUCCAGAGAGCUGUGUGCAUGUUGAGCAACACCACAGCCAUCGCGGAGGCCUGGGCUCGACUUGAUCAUAAGUUUGAUCUGAUGUACGCAAAGCGUGCCUUUGUGCAUUGGUAUGUUGGAGAGGGUAUGGAGGAGGGUGAGUUCUCUGAGGCCAGAGAGGAUCUGGCUGCCCUUGAGAAGGACUAUGAGGAGGUGGGAGUGGACUCAGUGGAGGGAGAGACUGAGGAGGGAGAUGAAUACUGAACACUCAUUUAGGGACAAAUGUUUUACUUUUGAUUGGUAGUUAAAAAAAAAGUUCUGUGUUUUGGCUUAUUUUGCCAGCAUAAUUUUGGUAAUAUUUUGUCAUGCUUUUUUCCAAAACAUUUUGAAAUUAAGCAAGAAAAUAUACGUUGGUAUCAGUGUUACACAAAUUUCGUUUAGCAGAUUCAACUUAACAU